GCUCGAAGCACCUGAGAAGCCCCGUGGUGAGGAGCAGAGAGUACAAGAACGACGGUGCUUUGCAGUGGUCGAGCUAAUGCAGAGAGUAUUUAGGCUAAUGCCUACAGCAAUGCCUACUGUGCCCCUCCACACCAUUUGGUCACAUUAAGCUUGCAUGUCCUCUGAAAGGUGACCUGCAGCAGUGUCUGUGUUCAGCUAGUAGCGUAACGUAAACAUUACCCGUUGAAAAGGGGGCCGAGGAGGGUCUUUGUUCAAAGAUCCUCGCCUCCUCCUCCUCCACCUUCACGGCCACAGAGGAAACUGGAUCCACACUUCUGUUGCACUAUAACGGCGUGAGACUCCAAUGAGGAACCAACUUCAGCAUCGUUAGCAUGUUUAAAUGGCUGCUAACCGUUGGGAAGUGCUCCUGUCACAGCGUUAGUGUGUCAUCCGGUUGAUGAGAGGAGGACUGUGAACCUGGACGAGAACAAGCUUUCAGCAGCAAAUACAUUGAAUAUCAAUGCACAGACGCAGGCGGCUCUGUUGGCGGCAUAUGGACGAAGCUGUGAAUUUAUGAAACCGAAAGCGACUCAUCUAGCUACAAUAAGGCAGCCGUCAGUCUAUGACUUCUCCAGGUUGGGCCAUGAAUAAGCAACCCAGCAAAGAGAGUCUUAAGGACAAGGUGAAGGGAAUCUUUGGGCUAGGAACCCCGCGUCCACCAAGCAAGCAGAGUGAAACAAGACCAUCUGAGUUUAUCAUUACGACUGACAUCAUAAAGGAGCUCCAACCGGACUGCGGUCUGAGUAACCGGGUUAGAAUGAUGAACCACGUCUGUGAGCUUGCCAAAACCAAAAAAUUUGAGGAGCAUGCAGUGGAGGCUGUAUGGAAAGCGGUGGAGGACAUGCUGACUCCAGAGCAGCCAACUGAGGCCAGACAUGCUGUCCUGCAACUGCUGAGGGCCAUUAUACAGGGACAGGGUGAGCGGCUUGGCCCUCUGAGAGCCUACUUUUUCAAGGUGAUCCGAGACUACCAACCGUGUAACGAGGACCUCUCUGAUAGGCUGGAAGUCUUCAAGGCCUUAACCGAGAACGGGAAAGACAUCACUUACCUGGAAGAGGACAUAGCACGCUUUGUCCUCCUGUGGAUGGACAUAGGUCUCACCUCCGACUUUCUCCACGUUCUUGUAAAUCUGGUGAAGUUCAACAGCUGCUACCUGGACCAAAAUGUCUCCAUCAUGGUCCAGAAAAUCUGUUUCCUGUGCAAUAGGACAACAUCUUCAACAGAUAUUGAGGUGGCACUACAAGUACUGGAUGCAGUGGUGUGUUACAACUGCUUGCCCUCAGACUCUCUCACGGUCUUCAUCAUCACACUCUGUCGUACUGUCAACGUCAAGGAGUUUUGUGAAUCCUGCUGGAAGUUGAUGAGGAAGGUGUUGGGGACUCACCUUGGCCACAGUGCAAUUUAUACCAUGUGCCGCAUAAUGGAGGAGAGGUAUUAUCCCUGGUUUAAGCAAGUGUACAUGGAGGAUGCACCAUUGUUGAGAGGAGCUGUAUUCUUUGUUGGGAUGGCACUGUGGGGCGCACACAGACUCCCCGCCCUCAAAAACACACCUACACUAGUUCUACCAUCUUUCUACAAGGCCAUGUCGUGUGCCAAUGAGGUGGUGUCCUAUGAAAUCGUCCUCUCCAUCACCAGACUGAUCAAGAAGUACGGCAAAGAGCUGCAGGUGGUCACCUGGGACAUCCUGCUGGGAAUCAUAGAGCGACUGCUGCAGCAGAUCCAGACAAUAGGCAGUGCAGAGUUGAAGGCCAUUGUGUACGAGCUGUUGACCACAGUAGAGGAGCUGUACGAGCAGAAUGGAUACCACGGCUCCACAGAGAAGUUCUUCAUUCUGGUGGAGAAAUGUGCUGACAAGAGACCGGACGCAUCAGUGCUCACCCUCAUUUCGUACAGAGCCCAGUCUAUCCAGCCAGCCAAGGACGGAUGGAUUCUGAGCCUUCAACGCCUCAUGGAGAAAUUCUUCAGGAACGAGACUCGCAGCGUGAUAAGGAUCAAGGUGCUUCAUAUCCUGUCCUUCGUUCUCAGUACCAACCGACAGCUCUACGAGGAGGAGUUGAUUGAAAUGGUGGUGAUCCCCCAGCUCAGUGGGAUAGCUGAAGACCGGGACCUGGCCGUCCGAAAACAGGCCACUCAGUUACUGGUGGACCUCGCUGAGGGCUGCAACACGCACCACUUCACCAGCCUGCUGGACAUCAUUGAGCGGGUGUCCAGUCGCUCUUUGGUGUGUUCGGGUUCCCUGGAGGUUUCUGAGCGAGAUCCCACAGCAGAGUCUCCUAUGGAGGACGUCAGGACUGCUAUACUGGGCCUGCUGGAAAUCCUGCAGAGCAAGCUUUACAGCCUACCAGCCAGUCACGCUAGUCGCGUGUAUGAGUUGCUUAUCAGCCACUUGCAGCUUCACUACAAGAGCAAGUACUGUUCAGCUAUCGCCUCCAGUAUUAGACUACAGGUGUUUGACUUCUUCCUGAUGAUGAGAGCGGACUCUCUUCACCGUCUUGGAGUCCCCAACAAAGACGGGGCCAUGAGGUUCAGCCCUUACUGCUACUGUGACACAGGAGAGCCAGAGAAGCGUGUCAGUGAAAAGAAGCCCGCAGGUUCAACCUCUCCUCCUGCUGGCAACCCUGCUCCCCCCACUGCUCCUUCCACUUCAACAGCCUCAAUACGCUCAGCCUACCUGCCCUACGCACCCGCCUUCAGUGUUCUCCUGCAGUGCCUCAAGAUGGAGACCGAUUGGAAGGUGCUGAAGCUGGUUCUCGACAAGCUGCCGUGGACGCUGCAGUACAAAGUGCUGCUGCUCACGUCACCAUGCAGCUUGGACCAGCUCUGUUCUACACUCUGCUGCAUGGUGACGGAUCGGCUGAUCUCGGAGCGCUUGAAGAAGACCCCAGAGGGAUUUUCUCGCACUGAUGUUCAGCUGGCAGUGGUUCCUGUCCUCACAGCAAUCACCUCUUACCAUAACUACCUGGAUCAGUCGAGACAGAGAGAACUUGUUCAGUGCCUCGAGACCGGCCUCAUUUACCGCUGUGCCAAGCAGUGUGUGGUGGCUCUUACAAUGUGCACGGUGGAGAUGCCUGACAUCAUGAUCAAGCUGCUCCCUGCCCUUAUCGUCAAGCUCACCCACAUCUCUGCAACGGUUGCCAUGGCAUCGCCUAUGCUUGAGUUCCUCUCCACUCUGGUGCGCCUGCCACAUCUGUAUGCCAACUUUGUAGCUGAGCAGUAUGUCAGCGUGUUUGCCAUCUCUCUACCCUAUACUAACCCUUCCAAGUUUAAUCAGUACAUCGUGUCCCUGGCCCACCAUGUGAUUGCCAUGUGGUUCAUACGCUGCAGACUCCCGUUCCGCAAGGACUUUGUUCAGUACAUCACAAAGGGUUUGCGCUCCAACGUCCUGCUGCCUUUCGAUGACGGUCAUGAGCAAAGUUCAUUUCGUGCCCGAAGCACCAGCCUCAACGAAAGGCCCAAGAGUCUGCGGGCAGCAAAAGUGGCGAAGGCGGCAGCGGCGGUAGCCAAUAGCAGCAGCUCUCCAGUUAAAGAGCUGAGGGACCUGUCAGCCAUGGAUGCUUUCCGUUCCCGCAGCAUCAGUGUCUCCGAACAUGCGGUCCGCAGGAUGCACACCUCAACCACCACCUGCAGUCUGGGCUCUGCUGAUGAAAGCGCGGUGACUCAGGCAGAUGAGGGGCUGAAGACUGUCCACCUGGAGCUCACAGAGACCUGUCUGGACAUGAUGGCACGAUAUGUCUUUUCCAACUUCUCCGCCCUGCCCAAGAGGUCUCCCAUCGCAGAGUUCCUUUUGGCAGGGGGUCGCAGUAUGACUUGGCUGGUGGGAAACAAGCUGGUGACCAUAACAACCAGCGGAGGGGUCAGAACACAAGCGCUGCUGGGCAUGGACAUGGCUGAACGGCUGGGAGGAGGAGGGGAAAUGACAAGGUCUGAUCCAUCAUUACACACCCGAAUCACCAAAGAGGCUCCAGCCAAACUGGAGUCCCAGUCGAGCCAGCAGCACAACAGACGCAUACGGUACCGCUCCAUGUCAGGUGGCCAUGCUCUACGUGCCAGUCCUGCUCAAAGUCUCAGUCCUCUGGUGUCCCCCUCUGAGGGGGAGUUGGCUGCUCCGCUCUCUCCUCCCUCUGCUUCUACCCUGGAUGGUCUGGGUCCUCCCUCCUCCACCUCAGCCACACCACAUGCUCCCCAGCCACUCAAAGACAACCCCAGCCUGGCUGAGUUUGUCCCCAUGCUCACACAGGGCUGGGCAGAGAUCUUCAUACGGAGACCGUCUGGUAAUACGAGCUGGCUGAUGUGUCUGGAGAACCCACCCAGUCCCUUCUCCUCGGAGCUCGGCAACAUGCCGCUGCAGGAGCUCUCCACUGUCCUCAUGGCCAUGGAGGGUGUGAAGGAGCCUCCUACCCAGACAGCCAGCGCUCCUGCCAGCACUGCUGCUCCAGCACCAGCACCAGCUCCAGCACCAGCCCCCGUCUCCGAGCCGCUAACCCAAACACACAGCAGCGUCGGAGGAAAGGCAAACCUGAUGCAGCGUUCCAACACUGACUCUGUGGUGGUGCUGGAGGAGGGUUCAGGGCUCACCCCAGCACCCCCCCCAUUUGAUUGGCUAGAGAAUGAAGAGUUUGAGCCAGUGACCUCUGAUCCCAUCUUCACAUCUGAGGACAAGUCAACAAAGACCCCGCAGCCUGGAACGCUCAGCAGGUCCUCCUCAACCUCCAGUCAAGAUGAUGAAAAGUCAACGCUGGAGGAAGUGAGUGAGGGCGCGAUUCCCAUCGAUCAGCCCACUAUGGGACCCUCCACCCCAGGCAGCCAGGGGCCUGAACUUCCCUUCCAGACCCACACUCAGACCCAGGGUCAUGGACUUAACAAGUCCAGCUCCUCUCCGGAGCUCCAAACCUUACCAGAAGCCAUCUCCAAGGCUGCUACGGAGUCAGAGACUGCGCCAGCAGACGCAUCGUGGCCCAGAGUGCCUUCAGACGGCAAGCCUCAGCCCCAGCAGCCUCAUUUUGAGAAAGAGAAGGUGGAGGGAAGUCCAGAAGAGGAUGUUAUUGGACUGGGAGAUCAGAGUCAAGGGGGUGAAGGCCCAGGUGUAGUGUCAUCUCAAAGUGGAGGCACGAGGAUGAGGCUGGAGUUUCCAGCAGCACCGGUACAACCCGGACCCAUCUCCCCCAGCGGAGGCCACCGACCACGGGGUCACACCAUCUCCGUGUCAGCCCCCUCCUCCAGGAGGGAGAGGAGGACGGAGAGGGACUCGUACCACAGUCGACCCGGACCCAGCACCACAGAGAAGAUCUCUGGACUGAGCCCCAGCUUUGUCUUCCUCCAGCUGUACCACUCUCCUUUCUUUGGGAACGAAGCUAAUAAGCCGCUGCUGCUGCCCAAAACUCAGGUGAUUGACCGCGCCGUGAAGGUUCUGGACCAGAUGCCUCCUUAUGACACCCAUAAGAUCGGAGUGGUGUUUGUAGGAGCUGGUCAGGUCAACAACGAGGUCGCCAUCCUGUCAAACGAGUACGGUUCAAACCGCUACACUGCCUUCCUUACAGGCCUGGGCAAACUGAUCCAUCUGAAAGACUGUGACCCCGACCAGAUCUUCCUCGGAGGGCUCGACCAGUAUGGAGACGACGGAGAGUUCACCUACUGCUGGCAUGACGACAUCAUGCAGGCUAUCUUCCACAUAGCCACACUAAUGCCAAACAAGGAGAGUGACAAGGGCUGCUGCAACAAAAAGCGUCACAUUGGCAAUGACUUUGUGAUGGUGGUGUACAAUGACUCUGGAGAGGAGUACAAUCUGGGCACCAUUAAGGGUCAGUUUAACUUUGUAGAAGUCAUUAUAAAGCCACUGGAUUACGAAUGUAACCUGGUCACCCUCCAGUGCCGCAAAGACCUGGAGGGAUUAGUUGACACAACAGUUGCAAAAAUCGUUUCAGACCGCAACCUUCCUCUCUUAGUCAGACAAAUGGCUCUGCAUGCAAAUAUGGCCUCUUUGGUGCAUCAGUACAGAGCUAACCCCUCCGACGCUUAUGCCUCCAAGUGGUUAGCAAGAUUACGACACAUUAAGAGGAUCAGGACCAGGGCCCAGGAAGACAUUCAGUCUCGCGCGACUCCUGGCAUCUCUCUGACCCAAGGACACACUCAGCAGAACAAGUCGUUUCAGCAGAGCACUUCAGCACAAAACCAGGAAGCCUCCGGGCAGAGGAAAAGACUUUUAUCAGCAGUGGAUGAUUUCACUGAAUUUGUUUGAUUACAUUUAUUGUCCUGCAAAGUCUCUCUCUCUCUCUCUCUCUCUCUCUCUCUCUCUCUCUCUCUCUCUCUCUC